AGCUUUGCGGGAGCUGAACGUUCUGCUCACCACUGAGACAAAACGCCCCCGGAAAUCUCAUUGGUGGAGGUUUUCAGGAAUGAGAGACAGCUCCACGGGACCAGGGGAAGCUUCCACAAAGGCCUCUUUCCCUUGCCCCCCGUCACUGCCAGCCCUGGUGGUUUGUCUCUGAAGGACCCUGCACACGGAGACCCAGAGAGGGUCCCUGCUCGGUGACCUCUCUGCCAAGCCUUGCACCCGCUAGGGUUUCCAACUGGAGCCAGUUCUGGAGGGCAUGAAUCAGCUUUUCACAGCUUGUUAAAAAUCUUGAUCCUACCUCUUGUUUUCAUGCCUUUCACAUCAGGAAAUGAGUUUUACAACUUUUCCAGUGGGACACAGCUGGUGGCCAGGGUCAUAAAGCUGAACUUUAUAAAUGUCUCCUGGUGGGACUGAGAGGAGACGUUAAACAGGCGAGGGAGAGAAGGAGCAAAGCACAGAGCCGGGGAGAGAGGAGCCAGGGAACUUCAUCGGGAUUAAGAAGAGUCGAAGCACGACUGCCACAAUGGCCAGGAAGGUGCAGAAGGUUGCCCGUGUCUGGGGCAGGAUCUGCCUGCUGGUCUCUUUCCUCCUCCAGCUCCAGGGAUCCCAGGCGAAAUGUUAUUUCCAGGCGCAAGCUCCCUGUCACUACGAGGGGAAGCAGUUCACCCUGGGGGAGUCCUGGCUCAGCACCACCUGCCUGCUCUGCACCUGCCUCCACCCCGUCGGCGUGGGCUGCUGCGAGAUCACCCAGCACCCCAUCGAUUUUCCAGACUGGUGCAUGGCCCACUACGACUCGCAGACCUGCCAGAUUUCGGUGGUGCAGAAAGCCAACCCCAGCCUGCCUUGUGUGAACAGCAUGGAGCGCGAGUGGGGCUCGGCCGGCACCCCGGAGCCAAUGAUCAACAAGGUGCUAGAGACACGGCUGAGCAGGUAGAGGCAGGGACGUGCCUCCUCCACCCCCCAUCCAGCAUGAACCGCCACUGCCCCCGACAGCACAUUUCUUGCAUGU